GACUCUUGUCUUUUGCACUUACCUCCUGCCGCCAAAAUUGAAGUUGGGUUAAUAUGGCUACUACCCAAUUCGACCCGAAUAACGCUCAGAACUUGAUUGAGAUCGAGAAACAGUUUGCUGUGAAAGCGGUUGAGCAUGCACAGACGUACUGGAACCUCCUGGAGAAGAUCCCUCCACGGCAGCUGAAAUUGACGCAAUACGACGAUGAGAUAUUUGAGCAUGUCAUGAAGGACUUCCCCGAGCUCGCGCAGGAGCCGUACGACAAGCUGACGAAGAUCGACGAGGACUGGCUGAAGAGCAAGGAGGGGAAGGACAGAUGGCGCAAGUUCAUCGCUCCGUAUGAGAAGAAGAUCAAGGACUAUAACUUUGGCUCGUUAAUACGAACCGAUGCGAGGGAGGAAUAUGCAGAGCUUAAUACCAUCUUCGUAACGAGAAUACAGUUCUACGCGUACGAGAUAUGCAGAAACCGAUUAGGUCUGAAUGACCGAGCCCACGAGAUCGCUAAGGAAGAGGCUGCUAAGGAGAGGGAGAAGGCCGAAAAGGAAAAAGCGGAAAAGGAGGCGAAGAAGAAAAAGAAGACGAACUGAAGGUCAGAAUCGAAGGGGAUGGGGGUGGACCAUGUUUUUUGCUUAUUGGAAGCAACCAAUAGUAGUUGGGAUGAUGCGGAACAAUGUCAACCCUUCAGACUGACCGGAACCAUGUCUGCGUUAUGAUGAGCAUUUCCAGCUUCUCCUCGGA